AUGGCUCGUGAGGAGCUCAUUUCCUCUGCUGAUCCGUCGGUAGCUUCCUCGCCGAUCGAGAAAAGAGUCGCAUUCCUUCAGUCGAAGAACUUGACGCAGGAGGAAGUUGAUCUCGCGCUUUCUCAGGCAGGUCAAGACCCGUCCGCAGCAGCAUCAGCUGUAACAACAACGUCUUCAUCGCAAGGACAUACUCCACAACAAGCCGUCUACCGGCCCCCUCCUCCUACACAAGGAUAUGGCUAUCCUCCGUAUCAAUGGCAGCCUCCACCGCCAGAGCCCCCGAAGAGAGACUGGCGUGAUUGGUUUAUUAUGGCCACAGUAAUGGGCGGUGUAGGGUACGGUCUAUAUACUGUCGCCAAGCGAUAUGUCAGUCCUCUUGUUGCACCACCUACGCCUCCACAGCUUGAGCAGGAUAAAAAGAAUGUCGAUGAAGAGUUUGCCCGCGCCUUUACCCUGAUCGAGCAACUCUCGACGGAUACUGCGGCGCUCAAGUCCGCUGAAGAAACACGCACAGAGCGCUUGGAUACUACACUGAGGGAUGUUGAGAGUUUGGUUGGAGACUUGAAGAGCGCAUCGCGUCGGAGGGACGACGAAACCCGCCGGAUCAACGACGAGGUCAAGACUCUGAAGGAUGCCAUUCCCAAGGCGCUUCAGGGCGCGCGCGAAGGCAACGAGCAGCGGUUGAAGGAGCUUGGCACAGAACUGAAGAGUCUGAAGGUGCUGCUGGGCAACCGCAUUGGUGGUGGUGCCGGCGGUGCUAGCUCUCCAGUUGCUGGAAGAACAGUAGGCACUAACCUGCCUGUUGCAUCUCCUCGCCCAGCGGAGGAACAACCAACCACUCCUCCCCCUACCACCAACGGCGCGACAGCUCCCGCUACCAGUGUACCUGAAUCGCAGCAGCCGCAGCAGCCGCAGCAGCCACAGCAACCACCGGCUGCUAAGAGCCCUAGCCCUCUUUCGCAACUUGGGAGGUCUGCUUCUAUUCCCGCCUGGCAGAUGGCGGCAGCGAAUCGGUCGAAGCCAUCUAACCCUGGCGCCACUGAAGAAGACUACCGUCACCGAAACCGAGACACCCACACGCAAUCGCGCUCCCGCUCUCGCUCCCCAGACCGAAACCACCGUCACCACCGUCGCCAUAGACACGAUCGUCACCAUCGCGAUCGCCAUCAUCGCAGCACUCGCGAUGACCGGGAGCGUGACCACGACCGUCGCGAACGUCGCGAUCACCGUCCAGCGACAGCAACAACACCAAAGCCACCGAGCGAACAGAUACUCCUCCCCUUCAACACCCGCGGACUCUCAAGACAUGACCUCUCCGCAUACGAGCCCAUGUUCGCAAUGUACCUUGAUAUCCAGAAGGGGAAGUGGAUAGACGAUAUGGAUGAAGAGGAGGUUAAGGGGCGGUGGAAGAGCUUUGUGCGGAAAUGGAACCGUGGAGAACUUGCCCGAGGAUGGUACGAUCCGAGUACCCUGGACAAAGCCCGUGAAGGUGCAUCAGAAAGCCAUCGUCCCCCGGCAUCGUCUGCUGGGAAACGUGCAUCUCCUGAUUACGAAGGGGCUGGUACUGGAAAGGAUAGGAUGGACGAGGUUGAUGAUGACGACGAGGAGGAUGAUGAAGAGGACUACGGUCCGAAUCUCCCAUCAGGACUACAGAUUACCAAACCCGGUGGUCCGUCCUCUGGUCCAACAAUUCCUAACAUGCAAGAUUUGGACUUCCGGAAAGAAUCCGCAAUCGAAGACGCCAUCGAAGCCCGCCAUGAUGCCCGAAAACAACACCGCGCCGAAGUACACUCGCACAAAUCCGAAAUGCGCCAGGUAGAAGACGAAGUCGCCCCAAGAGCCGAACCAGGCACGCAUGAACGCCGCAUGCAAAAACGCCAAGAAGCAUCUGCUUCGAAUCGCGCGUUUUCUGAUGGCCGUCGGGGUGGUUCGCCUGGGGAGGCUGCUCCUGAGGAGAUGCUGAUGGGUUCGGGCGAGAAUGAUUUGACGGAAAUGAAGAAGGAACAGGAAAAAAUGCAGCGAAAGAAAAAUGAACGCGAGAUUAGGAGAGAAGAGAUUAUGCGGGCGCGCGCUGCAGAGCGAGAAGAAAGAGUCCAGCAGUAUCGACAAAAGGAGGAAGAAACCAUCGGCUGGCUCAAAACCCUGGCAAAACAGAGGUUCGGUUGA